AUGCCCGUGACGCUCCCCCUUCUGCGCGAAAAUAUCACAUAUGAUGAGGCCAGACAUAGAGAGACAAACAUCCUUCUCCAUCUAACAUAUCCUAGAGCGCAACUCGACUUCUACAACUUCAUUAACAGGCGCCAAAAGCUAAUCCAGGAACGAGUCGCUCAUCAUCUUGGCUUACCCUCUCCUUCGCUGUGUCGUGUCGCACACUGGUCUGAUUGGAUGAGUGGAAGCUACAAUUUAUGCGUUCCGGUGACUAUCGCCGACUUGAAACGAGUCCUCAUUCGAUUUCCGCUGCCUUACCGUGUCGGUGAUAAAGUACACCCCGGAAAUUGUGAUGAAAAGCUUCGGUGUGAAGCUGCAACCUACGCAUGGAUGCAUGACGAAUGUCCAGAUGUGCGCAUCCCUCAUCUCUAUGGAUUUGCGCUUUCAAACGGACGAUGUUUUACCGCAGUUGAGCACCGCCCUCUUCUUGUCCGCUUGUAUCACUACCUUCGAAGUCAGUUCUUGUCUUGCCUUGGUCGUCGUGUCCCUUCCAAUCUGGUUCCACAUCGAAGCGGCCUGUCGAAUGAGUUGGGCGGAUACCUAGUCAUUGAAUAUAUCGACCAGGAACAAGGGCAAAUGCUGUCAAAGACCUGGGAGACCGGUCGGAUGGAUGAUCGACUCAGAAAGAAUCUAUUUCGCAGUCUGUCACAAGUUAUGCUGAGAAUUGGCCGAGUCUGUUUCCCUCAGAUUGGGUCAUUUAUCAUCGACGACCAAGGAUUCAUACGGUUGAAAAACAGACCUCUCACCCUGGAGAUACAAGAUUUGGAGAACAGUGGAAUUCCCAUUGGAAUUCCGAGAGACCGUACCUACAAUACUGUCGACUCCUAUGUCAAUGACCUCCUGUCCUGCCACGAUAAGCGCUUAUGCUUUCAACCCAAUGCGGUCCACAACGGGGCGGACUGUGCAGCCCAGAUGUCUGCUCUGACAAUAAUGAGAGCAGUACGUCCAGAAUUCUUCAGACCCGAGCUUAACCAUGGACCUUUUUGCGCUCGGUUGACGGAUAUGAACGCCAACAACCUAAUUGUGGAUGAGAAUUGGAAUAUCAAAUGUCUCAUUGAUCUCGAAUGGAUGGCAAUUCUCCCUCAAGAAUUCAUGCAACCACCGAGUUGGUUAACGAGUCAAGCUGUGGAUGAGGUGGAUAUUGAAGAAUAUAACAAGCUACGAGAGGAGUUUAUGGCUGUCUUUGAACAAGAAGAAGAAUGUCUACGCCAGGUGGAAAGCGGGCUACGCUAUUCGCCGACCAUGAAAACCGGCUGGGGAAUUGGGACUUUCUGGUACGUACUCGCUCUGAGGAGCCCUACUGGUCUCCACUCCAUCUUUUACGACAGAAUCCAGCCGCGAUUUUGUAAGGAACACAACGACGAUGUGCACUUUUUCACAUCCACUUACCCAUAUUGGACAAGUAACGCGACUGCGUUCAUGAAGAGGAAGGUCCAGGAUACAGAAAUAUAUGACAAGAAGCUUAGAGAAAUGUUCCAAUCGACCCCGCAUUGCUAA